AUGUCUGUCGAGUGAGUACCUCUACGCCUUCUAAAGCAGAGUCAUUUCCACCUCCGCCAUUCGGAGGGCCUGGACACCUUGACCUUGGCGUUCGACGACCCUCUCCCAGGCAUCAAGUACGUCAGGACUUGUAGCUGAUCACGCUCUCUCGCAUGAUCCUCUUCUAGUCUCAACCCGCACGUCCAGCUUGGUUUCCCUAGUGAGUAAGAGGCGGGCGAGAUGCAACAGUGAUUGAGUUAGCCGCGGGAAGAGGUAGCUGGGAUGCGUCUCGCGAGCGGAUUGCUGGUGAUUGCGCCCUGCCAGCAACCAAAAUCAUCAGACACCAGCAGGGCUUCAGCUGCGCCUUGCGGCCAUGGACUGGCUCAUCAAGCAGGGCGGACGAGUGCAGUCAUGUGCCUCGCUUGUCAGGCUGCAUGUCCCGCAAAUUCACUUCGCCAAUGGGCGUCUUUCAGAAAGGGACCUUCUUUCGAGUGCUAGCAGGACGCUUCGACUCGCUGCUUCGGGGCGCGAAUCAGGAGCCGGCCGAUCGCUUGUGAGAUGGCCCUCAGAAGCUGGAGCGCAACAUUUGCGUUGAUGCGCACGAAAGGGCCAGUCUCAAGGCAGGGCAGGAAAGCUCCUGUCACCUCACCUUUUUACGGGUCAUUGCGCUUCAAUUUCCUCGAGAUGUAGUCAUUUUGGACCCCGCUGGUCGCUUGUUACUCUGCACGCAGGUGUAAAUACAGUAUUCUGACGAUGGACUCUCUUACACCACUAGGACCCUUGACGCAGCUUGUCAAGCGCUCUUUGCAAGUCUCCAACCCUCACGCUCAACCGGUGGCUUUCAAGGUCAAGACGACCGCACCCAAGCAGUACUGCGUGCGCCCAAAUUCGGGGAGGAUCGAGCCGGGAGAGAAGGUUGAAGUACAAGGUUAGUCACCAAAAGUCCGCUCCUUUGCGUCACCUGUGCCCAAUCUGCUGGGACGGUGCGCUGACGCUAUGUGUAUGCUCUACGCUGCUUCUCCUCGCAGUUCUUUUGCAGCCUAUGAAAGAAGAACCACCUACCUCUGCCAAAUGUCGCGACAAAUUUCUGGUCCAGUCCACCAUCAUCACUCCCGAGCGCGAGACGACUUCCCUCAGCGAGCUUUGGGGAGUGGUAGAAAAGGAGGACAAGAGCGCAAUUCACGAACAAAAGAUUCGAGUUGCUUUCCUGCCUGCUGCCACUGCGCCCGUGCCAGAGGAGGAAGAGCAUGUCGGUAGUAACAUUUCGAACGGCGACGAGGUAAGUAGAGGGCAGUUGAAACUAUUCGCGAGUAACAGCAAGAGAAGGAAAUGUAGCAAGCCGGAGCUCUGUGGUUCGCGCGCCCCGCGCACGACUCACUGACACUCUCGCCUCUCCCUUGGCAUACUGGUACCCUCGCAGAAAUACAGCACCGUGCGUGGAACGCCUUCUCGCGGUGCCAAUGGUAGCUCUCCAGGAAAUGACGAUGGCUCCUUCUCUUCGCCUACUCAGGGCUCGACUUCUCCUGCCAAUGGCACGACAAACCCCAUUGCCGCUGCGCGCAGCGCCGCCGCUAACACCGACGGUGGCGCUCUGGCCGCCUCUCGCAACGCAGCGGUAGCAGCGGGCGGAGCGGCCGCCGCUGGAGCAGGGGCUGCUUUCGCUGCCACCAAGUCUGCUGGCUCUCGUGCGGUGGAGAAAACGCCCGCAGAAUACCAAAGCGAGAUCAAGCGACUUCAGCAGCAGCUCGAUUCCGCUGCCAAAAAGGGAGCUCAACAAAUCCAGUCCGCUAAUUCCGAAGGCGUUAGCCUUCAGGUUGUAGGGGUUCUCCUGGUCGCUUCUUUCCUGCUUGGAGCCUACCUUCUUUAA